UAUAGAUCUCUGUCCGGAAUUGUCAAAUUAAAUUUAUUCGUUUGUAGCUCAGCCUGUAGGGAGAAUCAAUUUAAACCUAGAUUUUGGGAAAAUGUCGUCUCCGUGUGGCAAGUGCGUCGACUGUCCUUGUGGCACCAGUGGCGGUGGACAGCCCCCGCAACAACCACCCCACCGGCCACCCCCGUCGUACGACCAGCAGCCGCAACAUCAGCAACCGGACAGCUGUCCUUAUACGCCGCCUCGUGCUCAAGGGGCGUGUGGUUGUCCAGCUCCAAGCCAAGCACCAAGACAAGCUCCAGCGGCAGGUGGAUGCCAGGUGACCUCGUAUCAGCCACAGGGUGACCCUGCAUCAUGUAACGUGAAUCGGGGACCUCAGAAUCGAGGACCUCAGACCGUGGAGUGCACCUGUACACAUAAUCGAGUGCGCGGUCAACAAACAAUCCAGGCGGACCACAUUACCUGUAGCCGCGGUCCUCGGGAGCAACCACCCGUCAUGGAGACUCGCUGCACUUGUCGCGAGCAGCCGGCCAAGGUGGAGUGCUACUGCGCCCCGCCGGUGGGUCCGCAGGGUGCCCCCACCCAGCAGCAACCGCCCACCCACGCCAACGUGACUUGCGGUCAGAGCAUGCCCAGAGGACCGAAGCCCUAUCACCAUAAGGGCCAGGGACAGAACCCCUGUGGUCACUGCCGCUCACAAAAGAAGCAGAAGAAGUGUGUAAUCCAGUAAGGGGCAAGCUUGAUGAGAAUGGAUCCCAGCAGGCGCUACUAAACAGGCUACUCAGGCCAAAAACACUCACAACAUGACAGUACACCAAUAUUUCGGUCUAGCUAAAUUUUCAGUUUCGCCCUGCUUUUCGGGUCAAUAAUGCCAAUGUGACUAUAAUGGGCAAGUAAAAAUGUUUUUUGGCCAUUGCA